AUGAUUCAUACAGCACUUCGUUCAUAUAAUGCGCAGAAGCAAUUAUUUCUUGCAACAAACUAUUCCGGAUUUUCGAAAUCACCAAAAGAGAAUCGAUUUGUAAUUAAACAAGAGACAUUUGGAGAUGACGCUUAUUUCAUAACUAUCUCUCAUCAUGUCCAUAAUUAUCUAACAGGUGUAGCUGACGGUGUGGGAGGUUGGAAGGAGUAUGGAGUGGAUCCCUCAUUAUUCUCUCAUCUUUUGAUGAAGAAUUGCAAAAGCUAUGCUAAGAAUUAUUGCGUUGACUCCGCCUUUCCUUUAAAAAUUUUAAAAACAGGCUACGAUACUAUGCUAUCGGAACAUCCAAACCUACUCGGAAGUAGUACUGCUUGCGUUAUGGUUAUCGAUAAGAUUACUGGAAUGUUAUAUUCCGUUAAUCUCGGUGACUCUGGAUUUGUAAUCAUUCGAGAUCAUUUUAUCAUUUAUCAAUCAAAGGAGCAACAACAUUACUUUAAUGCUCCAUAUCAGCUAACAUGCAAAACUCCAGAUCAGUCGUUUCUUGGAAACAUGCCAUCAGAAGCUGAUGAAUAUAGCUUUUUACUCAAAAGUGACGAUAUUAUUAUAAUGGCAACCGACGGUCUUUUUGAUAACAUGACUGGAAAACAAAUAUUAGAUAUUGUUAGUAACCAGCAGAAACAUAAUUCUCAGAGAAUUGCAAAUUGUCUAGUCGAAGAAGCCCGUAAGCUAGCAUUCGAUGAAUGCUAUAUAUCUCCUUUUGUUAGGAAAGCUAGAAUGCAUGGAAUUUAUGCUACAGGUGGAAAACCUGAUGAUAUCACGGUAAUAGUGGCUUGUGCCAGAUCACCGGUACAGUAG